CGGUGGAAAUUCAAAUUUCACUUGCCCACCACCUCACCUCACUAGUUACCAAUCCUCCAUCACCAGUCACCAGUAGAACUCCACUAAUUCUGAAUGAACCAUAUAGACACAGUUCAGAAACGUGACUCCCAAGUCAACUAUGGGAUCGUGAUAGAUUCUGGUUCUUCAGGAUCAAGAAUUCAGAUCUAUAGUUGGGAGAAUCCCUCGCACACUAAAUCUAGUGAUGAUUCAACUGUAUUACGAUCUCCACCUAAGAUAAUUCAAAAGAAAGAUUGGUCUAUGAAGAUAACUCCAGGUAUAUCUAGUUAUAAUGAUAAGGUGAAAAAGAUAUGGCCUGAUCAUUAUUCAAAAUUGAUGAAAUUCGCUCAAGAUAAAAUACCUCUGGAUCAACAUAGUUCAACACCAGUAUUUGUAUUAUCAACUGCUGGUAUGAGACUUUUAAAGCCAAAACAUCAAAAGCAGAUAUUACAAGAAACCUGUAGUUCAAUCCAGAAACAUACAUCAUUUAAUUUACCUAAUUGUAAAGAGUUUGUUCAAAUUAUUGAUGGAUCUACUGAAGGAAUUUAUGGAUGGUUAGGAUUAAAUUAUUUAAUGGGACAAUUUGAUAAUUAUGAUACUCAAUCAUCCGAGCAUGAAUCAAUUGGAUUUAUGGAUAUGGGUGGUGCAUCAACUCAAAUCGCAUUUGUUCCCUCACUACCAGAACAAAUUACUAAACAUAAGGAGGAUUUAUCGGUAGUAACAUUAAGAAGCAUCGAUGGAACUACUCAACAAUGGAAUGUAUUUGUUGAAACCUGGUUGGGCUUUGGAGCUAACCAGGCAAGAAAGAGAUUCUUGGAACAAUUAAUUACUUUAUCACAAGUAAAUCCAUCAUCUAAACAUGAAAUAAGUGACCCUUGUUUACCUAAAGGUGCUACCAUAGAUUAUAAAUAUGAUUCAACUACUUAUAAAGUUCAUGGAAUUGGGAAAUAUGAGCAAUGUAUAAAAAGCAUAUACCCUUUAUUAUUAAAAAAUUUACCUUGUGUGGAUGAACCAUGUUUAUUCAAUGGUAUUCAUGGUCCAAAAUUAAAUUUUGAUAAGGAUAAAUUCAUUGGAAUUUCAGAAUAUUGGUAUACUGCUAAUGAUAUAUUUCAAAGUGGUGGUGAAUAUAAUUACCAUAGUUUUAAUGAAAAAGUUAGAGAUUAUUGUGAAAGUGAUUGGUCUACAAUCUUACAAAAUUCCAAAAAUGGCCAAUACUCUAAACUUGAUCCCGAUAAGUUUUUAAAGGAUGCAUGUUUUAAAGCUAGUUGGGUCAUGAAUAUUUUACAUGAAGGUUUUGAAUUACCUAGAUUAGGUGUUGAUAUAGAGGAUGAUAAACAAGAUGAAUCCUUUAGAGAAGAUUUAUCUCGUGUUAAUGUACCUUUCAAAUCAGCAGAUUCAAUUAAUGGUGAAGAACUUUCUUGGACUUUAGGUAAGAUUUUAUUAUUUGCUUCAUCUCAAAUAAAAGCUUCAGAUAAUAGUAAAUUAGAUAUUGGAGUUUAUCCUAGUCCUAUUUCAGGAAAGUCAUUUGUUCCAGGUAGUGGAAUAGUUGAUAGUAAGAGUAGUAGUGGAUAUAAUUCCGAUGACGAUGAAGGUGAAGAUAUAAGUCCUAAAUCUGUAUUCUCAAUAAUAUUGGUAUUAUUAUUAUUAUACUUUAUUUAUCACUUUGGCAAAUCACAUUUAGGACAUUGGUCUAAUAAGUUCAAGAGACUUCAAGUUCCUUAUCCAAUUAGAAAAGCUGUAUUAAGUGUAACUUCUAGAAUUCCAGGAUUAAACAAUUAUGUGGAUAAUUAUCAAUUCCUUAGAAAUGAUAUUAGUCUUGAUGAUAACAUAUUACCUAUGGCAGCUAAUCCUGUAUUAUCAUCUAAUCCUGGAUCUCCUGCUCCAUCAUCUAUUCAAGAUCAUACUACUAAACCAUAUGCUUCAGUAUUAAGAACAAGACUGAAUAUUAAUCUCGCUGAUGAAGAUCAGCGUGAAAGAUCGUCUAGCCCUUUUGAUCCUCAAGGUCAACCUCAAGCUAAGCAUUUAAAUAAUUUUAUGAAUAAACCGUUUGUGGUUCCUAAACGAGGAGCUUAUAAUCAUUUAACGGAGAACAAUAGUAAAGAUUCGAUUCAUAGAACGUCUAGUUCUGGUUCAAUUAGUAGAGGUAAGACUCCUAAUUAAAUACUAUAAUAUAUGUGCGUAUAGAGACACUUUUCGCAGCAAUUUUUAGAUCUUUUUAUUAUUUCCACUUUGUAGAAUUUUAUUAUAUACUAUUUCACUACUACUUCAAUUCUAUCAAAUCAUACUACGAAUACUUCCAAUGUUAUUAGCGGUGGUAUUACAAAAGUUGAGUCUUUUAUAAUUAGUGGGUUAAGUUCCUGUUCCAAGUCUUCUAUAGAAUAAAAAAUACUACCUUUGGAUAAUAGCAGGACUAAUUACCUGGUUUGAUCUCUUUUUAUGGUUUUAGUUGAA